AUGGCAUCCACAGCCCCCGCCACCCAGGGGUACGCGAACCAGCUACCGAAGAGUCUCAGUAUGAUGAGUAUUCUGGGCAUGUCGUUUGCCAUCAUGGCCGUCCCGUAUGGUCUCUCCACGACAUUCUACAUCACCCUGGUCAAUGGCCAAUCCGUCACCGUCCUCUGGGGAUGGGUUCUGGUUUCAUUGAUCUCGCUCAGCAUUGCCGCCUCUCUCGCCGAAAUUUGCGCCGUUUAUCCUACUGCUGGUGGAGUUUACUACUGGUCCGCGAUGCUCAGCACCCCGGAAUAUGCACCAGUCGUUAGCUUCAUUGAUGGGUGGAUGACUUUAGUUGGAAACUGGACUGUUACGCUCUCUAUCAACUUUGGAGGCGCUCAAUUGAUUCUGAGUGCCAUUACCAUCUACAACGAAGAUUUCGUGCCAAACGAGUGGCAGACGGUCCUCUGCUUCUGGGCUGUUACGUUGAUUUGCGCGUUUGUCAAUGCCUUUGGAUCUCGGUAUCUGGACUUGAUCAACAAGGUUUGCAUCUACUGGACUGCUGCGAGCGUCCUGAUCAUCCUCAUCACCCUUUUGACCAUGUCCGACAACAAGAGGUCUGCCGAAUUCGUUUUCACCCAUUAUGAUGCGUCUGCAAGUGGCUGGGCCAGCGGGUGGUCCUUCUUUGUUGGUCUUCUCCAAGCUGCCUACACUCUCACCGGUUACGGAAUGGUCGCUACCAUGUGUGAGGAAGUCCAAAACCCAGAGCGGGAGGUCCCCAGGGCCAUGGUUCUGUCUGUCGCCGCCGCCGGCCUGACUGGCAUCAUCUAUCUCAUCCCCAUCCUCUUCGUCCUCCCGGAUAUCAGCGACCUUCUUGCCCAGGGCCAGCCUAUCGGCCUCCUCUUCAAGACUGCCACGGGAUCCAAGGCCGGUGGCUUCGGUCUUCUCUUCUUGAUUCUCGGCAUCUGGUUCUUCGCUGGUGUUGGUUCCCUGACCGCCGCGUCCCGCUGCACAUAUGCAUUCGCCCGUGAUGGCGCCAUCCCAGGCCACAAGCUCUGGGGCAAGGUCAACAAGAAGCUCGAAAUGCCCAUGUGGGGUCUUAUCCUGUCCACUGUCGUUGACAUGGCUCUCGGAUGCAUUUACUUCGGCUCGUCCGCGGCUUUCAACUCAUUCACCGGCGUUGCCACCAUCUGCCUCUCAACCUCCUACUGUGUGCCAGUUUUGGUCAGCCUGCUCCGUGGCCGAGAACCCGUGCGAUCAUCGCCGUACGCGUUGGGAUGGCUCGGCCCCAUUGUCAACUGGAUCAGCAUCAUCUGGAUCUGCAUCGCCGUCAUCAUCUUCUGCAUGCCUGUUUCUCUGCCCGUCACAGCGUCAUCCAUGAACUAUGCCAGCGUCGUUUUCGCCGGUUUUGCGGCUAUCAGCGCCAUCUGGUACUUCGUGUACGCGCGGAAACACUUCAAGGGUCCUAUUGUCGUCGACAUGGGCUCAGAAGAGUACGUAACGGGCCCGGAGAGCAGCAAUGCGGUCGAGAAAGGAUCAGCUCUUCGUGAAUCUUCUGCUGAUGAAGGAACGAAGCAGUAG